CUCUUUCUCAAUAAGGUUUAGUUCACACACAUUGAUAAAAUCAUCAAACACACACACACACAACACAAAACACACCCCUUUUCAAUAUCACUUUUCUCCACAUCUCCCAGUCUUCCCUCAUUAAAUCCUUCAGUUAACAGUUUAACACUCACACACAUUCACAUCCUCACUCCAUUACUCAUCAGUCUAUCCACAAAUGGGCUGUGGUCACAUCCCCAAAUCAUUACAUGUUUUUACCAUUUCUCUUCUCUUUUUCUUGAUUCCAUUCACAACCCAACUCAGAUCUUUUGCUCAAGGUAGAAUGUUGGAGAAACCACCCACUAAUUCUCAGGUGGAGGUGGAGAUAGAGAAGAUGAUACUAAGAGGACAAAUAGGAUCAAGACCACCAAGAUGUGAAAGAAAAUGUGGCUCUUGUGGUCAUUGUGAGGCCAUACAAGUGCCUACAACCCCACAUAUCAAGGCUGCAAUAGAUGGAGUCAAGAACCCUACAGUGGGAGCCACAGAGGCAUAUGCAAGAGGUGAUUAUAGCUCAAACUACAAGCCCAUGAGUUGGAAGUGCAAAUGUGGGAGCUAUAUCUUUAACCCAUGAGUUUUAUAAUUCUACAUUGGUUAAUAGGAUAGGUGUACAUAUAGGAGUGAGAGCAGUUCUUCAAGAUCCUCUUGAGUAGAUUCUUUGGUUUUAUUUGUUCACAUUUGAAUCGAUUUUUAAAUAAAAAAAUUUGUUGGUUUUUAUUAA